GUGACGAGUAGCCAACCACUCCUGCUAUGAACACACGGAACAGCUACGACCACACACUCCUGCUACGAACACGCAACAGCUACGAACACAAGCAACAGCUACGACCACACACUCCUGCUACGAACACACGCAACAGCUACAACCACACACUCCUGCUACGAACACACGCAACAGGGAAGAGUUGGCAGUGAUGAUGAGGGGGUUCCUGCCAUGUGUGACCCCACUCCUGGGUCUGCUCCUCCUCUUGCUGACCCCAGGGAGGGGUCAAGGGUCAUCAGGCUGUCCCCUGUCCUGCUCCUGUCAUGGUGGUCAGGUAGACUGCAGCAGCCGCACCCUCACCACCUCCUCCUUACCCUCCCACUUCCCUCCUGCCAGCAUCGAGCUCCGUCUCCACGACAACCAGCUGACCACGCUCCCCAAUGGCCUGCUGGACUCCCUUUCCUCCCUCCGCUCUGUCUCUCUCCAUGGCAACCCCUGGGCAUGUGAUUGCGGCGUGCUCUACCUGCGUUCCUGGCUGCUCAGACAACCUGCCGACUACGCCGGACACAGCAACGUCACCUGCAGUUCCCCUCCCGGCCUGCGGGGAAGGCUGGUGGUCUACCUGGCUGAGGAGGAGGUGCUGGAGUCCUGUCACUACUGGUACUGUGACCUGGCACUGGCCUCCCAGGUCUGUCUGCUUGUGUUUGUGGCGGUGCAGGUGGGGCUGCUGGCUGCCAUGGUCGUGUUCCUGAGGAGGUUUGAAAGGCUGUCCCGUGAGGCUCAGAGGACCACAGAGGAGAGCUUCGCUGGGGGGGUAGGGGCUUAUGAGUAUUAGUGAGUAUGAGCCCCUGCAGCAUCUGAAGAGGGGAGGGAGGGGCCAGGUAGGCGAGGAGGGAGAAGAGGGAGAGGAGACAGUGAAAGGCAGAGUAGAGAGAGACACUUGAAGGGGUCAAGCUGGUGAGCCCUUUCAGGUCUGUGGUAACAAAAGAAUGAGGAUGGGAAGAAAGGGACUUGUUAGAUUCACUGGAGACUGGAGAUUCCAGAGAGACUCACAGGACAAGAAACAUGGGCAAAUCUAAGUGGUUCUGCAAAAUUUUCGGAGGCUUCUUACAAUGUGUUUCGUUGCUUGCAUCACUCAAUAAAGCUGUUAGAAUGAUA